CUAUCGCAGUGGCGCUGGAACCUCGCCAAUCACACGGCGCCGCUACGGGAGCGGGACAUCGCGACCUGAGCCAUUGACAUGCCGUCCCUUCAAGGCUCAAUCAAACCUCAUGUGAAAUUCGCCCAGUCGGUGAAACUUUGUUGACGCAACACCAGCAGGUCAUUAUCACAAGACUUUUGCUGUGCAUUCAUUACCUAGCAGUCUUAAGGUUCCCGGGAUCCUGGAGAAUCAGCAAUACAUUGGGUCACCUUCAACUCCCACAUCAUCAACCCAUCAUGGUCAACUCCGACCCUGAAUACCCACCCGGCGAGCCAGCCCCUGAGAUUCUGGAGGAGCGCAUCUGGAUCGAUGGCUGCUUCGACUUUUUCCACCACGGCCAUGCUGGAGCCAUCGUGCAAGCCCGCCAACUAGGCAGCGAGCUCUACAUCGGCGUCCACUCCGAUGAGUCCAUCCUCGAGAACAAGGGUCCGACAGUCAUGACUCUUCAAGAGCGUCUGGCUGCCGUCGACGCCUGCCGCUGGGUCACAAAAUCCAUCGGCCAGGCCCCCUACGUGACGCAACUCGACUGGAUCAGCCACUACGGCUGCAAGUACGUCGUCCACGGCGACGACAUCACCUCGGACGCCGACGGCUACGACUGCUACCGCUUCGUCAAGGAGGCCGGCCGCUUCAAGGUCGUCAAGCGCACCCCCAGCAUCUCCACCACCGACCUCGUCGGCCGCAUGCUCCUCUGCACCAAGACGCACUUUAUCAAAUCCCUGGAGAAUCUCUUGUCCGGCGAUGAGGGUCAGGGCCAGGGUGCCGCCUCCCGGGACGAGAUCAAGGCCGAGGCCGAGGCCCUGACGGAGCGGAUGAAGCUGUACGCUACCGACGAGACGGGGAAGAACCCCGGUGUCGAGGUGUGGUUCUGGGCUGCAUCGGGGGAGGCAAAGGCCGAAGCUACAGUCGAGGAGAAGGGCGUGUUUUCGCGGUUCUUACCGGGCAAGGGACCACAGAUCGGUCAACGCGUCGUCUACGUCGACGGCGGCUUCGACCUGUUUUCCAGCGGGCACAUCGAGUUUCUCCGCCGGGUGGUCGAGACCGAGGAGGAGCUGGCGCGCGGGGAGGGAUGGUAUACCGAGCAGGCCGUCAACGAGCGCGUCAGCAAGGGCGGCGAUUAUCCGCCCGCGUACGUCGUGGCGGGUAUUCACUCUGACGAGGAGAUUAACCACUGGAAGGGCAUCAACUACCCCAUCAUGAACAUUUACGAGCGCGGUCUCUGCGUGCUGCAGUGCAGGUACGUCAACGCCGUCGUCUUCGGCGCCCCGUUCGCCCCGACAAAGGCCUACCUCACGUCUCUGCCGUGGGGCACGCCGGACGCCGUGUACCACGGCCCCACAGCCUUCAUACCGCUGACGUACGACCCGUACACGGCGCCCAAGGAGAUGGGCAUCAUGCGGGCGGUGGGCGAGCACGAAUUUGCGAGCGUCAACGCCGGGACAAUUGUGCAGCGCAUCAUGAGAAGCCGCGACAUGUACGAGGAGCGGCAGCGCAAGAAGGGCAUCAAAGCCGAGGGGGAGUCUGCGGCGCGCGGGAGGGAGAUUCUCGAGGAGGAGCAGGCGGCGCGGGAGGCGGGUAGGGCGCGGCAGUGAGAUUGUGUGUGUGUGUGUGCAUGCAUCGUGGGAUCUUUGAGAGGGGAGCAUCAUUAUGAGGCCGGCAGCAUGUUUACAUUUGGAUACCUCGAGUAGCAGAAUUCCUUUGGGUUGAAGGGCAGAAUGGAUUGGCCUUCAACAGGUCACGGGUGGAAGAAAGGGAACUACCAAAUGAUACCUGGAGAGAGUACUGGAAAUCACAGAUAGUAAAAUAUUACUUUAGUAUACUUAUCACAACGUGUCUGCUAGUCUCCGCGUGUCAUUACUUGGGAUGUCUCGGUUGGGCCUAUGUGGGUGAGUCUGGGUGUGCGUGAAAGUGUGUCUCAGAAGGAUGAACGGCGUCUUUUACAUACUUUCCAGACCGCCUCUCUGUGAAUGAUAUAGCGUGAUAGGUAGGUACUAUAGUCAGACACACACUGCGCAAACAAGUGCGAACCAAAAGAUUGGCGCCGCGAUCUAAGGGGAAGAGACGAGACAUGUCCGGUGCCAAGCCACGUACCUAGGAAGAGAGUAGGCAAGGUACCCCGCGAUUUGCAGGUCAAGUGACCAAAGGUCAGAGAGCCGGGCGUCUGCGCCCGUCUUUGAUGGUUCAAACCCAGAAUGUCCGUCCAGGUUGCGUUGCAGGGCUGAGACGUUUGGGAGAGCAGACCGGGCAAGUUGAGGUUCGUAAAGGUAAGGCGAGGUACUUUGAUGUUUUGUAUUGGAUUAGAAAUCGGUUAGGGAUAAGCAACUGCCAGAUCUGGGCAUCCAUCUCGUCAUAUGUAGGUAAGAUAAUCCCCAUUGUCUCUCCGUGUUGACCGGGGAGAAGAUGGAAAAAGUGUGUGUGUGUGAAGGAAACCGUGGAAGAAGAUCCGGGCCUCCGGCAACCAACCCAGAAGGAUGCAUGCAGGAGGUUCGCAUUGGUGGUGCAUCGUGUGAGAGAAGAUGUACAGUGCCAGGAGAUGCUACACCUGCCUCAAUGGUUACACUCGGCACCUUGAGGGAUCUCGCCUCCGCCAACCCAAGCGAUACGAUCCAAUGUUCGAGAAGGAAAUUCGGGUUGGGAUCUGUUGAAGAGAUUUAAACGAUGGAGGGGGGAAGCACGAGGCAGG